CCACUCUCCAUGUCGCAAUCCCCCCCAGUUCUCACCAUCUCUCACAAACCUUCCACCUCAAAUUUCACAUUGACUUUCUCCGUCUUCUUGCGGUACUCGCACUGCAGAAAACAGAGUCAUCCCUACUUGGACUCACAGUCUUUCUUCUUUUUUUGCAAAGCUCGUUCAAGUGGUUUGAUUAAUCAGCACUCCUCAACGGAGCAGACGGGCACUUAUCGCGUUCGAAAGGUGACAGAGCUCACCCGCCCGAAAAAAGACGGAAAAGAUGGCAGAGACGACGACACGUCCUCUUGUCGUCGGCCCGGACUCCGGUCCCGAGGCCCCCUUCCCGCUCAAAAUGGAGGGCAAGGUCAUUUCCGGCUUCGGCCGGGGGUCUAAGGAGCUCGGAAUACCAACCGCAAACCUCCCAGUAGACUCCUCUCAAACCCCCUGGAUAGACAACACCAGAUCCGGCGUUUACUUUGGCUGGGCUUCCCUCUCCCUCCCCGCAUCGCACCCGGACCGCAUCGCCCCGCCGCCCUCCUCCGGCGCCGGCCCGGCUCAGCCCCACCUCGAGUUCCAGCUGUAUCCCAUGGUCAUGUCCAUCGGCUACAACCCCUUCUACAAGAACACCGUCCGCUCCGCCGAGGUCCACGUGCUUCAUAAGUUCUCGGCCGACUUUUACGACGCUCACAUGCGCCUCCUCAUUCUUGGCUUCGUGCGGGAAGAGAAGGACUACAAGAGCCUCGAAGCCCUUGUCGCCGACAUCAACACCGACUGCGACGUUGCGCGGACUUCGCUUGCCCGCGACCGAUGGGCGCCGCCCAAGGCGCUGACACCCGGCGCCGAGACGGACGGUUUGCUGGAUGCGAAGUGGCUAGUAGAGCCGCUCCCCAAGGCGUAGAAUUCCUGCGUCCUCGCUUCCUCACCACAGCACAUUUCUUCCCAAGGGCACGAACGGGAUGCAGAGCGUAAUAUAUAGAAAAAAGUAUCAUUUGAAAGUUUCUCCUGUCUCUCUUC